AGUUGGGAACCAGCGAGCUGUGACUAGUUUCAAACUUCUCAUAACAUUGCUUUAUGAAUUCCUGGGGAAUUGUGACGAGAAUGAAGGAACGUGAUCUUUUCAACUAAUCCUGCUGGAGAAAUAGAUACUCCCUAAUCUGGUCUACAGUGUAAAUACACCACAAAAACCGAGAGAUCAAACAGAUGGAAUAUGCCAAGAUACACGUAUCAAAAAGUGAGCUGGCAGGUCCAACAAACAAAACGCAACAUGAUAUGGGUGCGCGAAAACGUGCAGGAUGGCCUAAUUUAAGUUCACUUUCUUGAUAAGCAGUCGCGGUGCCAUUUUGUGUUUUUAAAGUCAUACUCACAUUAGCGAAUCCAGGAGAAUGUUCAGGAGAUGGGUGGGGUAGGGUUCGUUACUCCCUCCUCUCCCCUCCCCUCCCCUCCACCGUUGGGUUUCAUCCGUUUGUGUUACACCAAAAUUCUCAGAAUAGUAGGAUCGCUUGUUACCAGUGCUUUAAUUUUUACAAGUUUUGCAAAAUUUAGUUGCAUAAAUAAGUAGGCUGUAGUGUUAAAAAAUUGUCGUUAUUUUCUCAUUAAAAGUUUACACCCCCCUCCCCUCAUUAGAGAUUCCUGGAUCAGCCAUUGGUUCACAAAGCGACGACUUCUCGUUCUCUCACGUGCAAGCUGAUCGCGGAUCCCCAUUGGGUGGUCAAAUCUUGUGUCGCAAGUCGUGUUUGUUGCUUAGAAACAGGCCAGACGCGAUAACUCCCAAGAUCCCAAAAGCAAUUCUCUCUCCUAGCUGCCAUACUUAGCCCUGUAAAUAAGUUAGGAGAAUUUCGUAAUAUAUCUUGAAAACACAACUCUAGCUGUUGAUUUUGUUUAUCCUCAACAUAUCACCUCUGGAAAGUAUAAGGAACUUGUGAAGAGUAACGUCAUAUUUUGAUUAUUUUUUUAAGAUGGAAAUGUCAAAUUCGUUUUCGCGCAGCGAGUACUUGUCCAACAAUCGAACAAGCUAAAAGUGGCUUUGAGACUUUGAAUGAUUUUUACGUUACAACCGUGAGAAGUCUUAAAGUUAGUAUGAAGUGUGUGGCCGAUGUAAAAUACAAAAUUGCGUUUCAGGAACUGUUCCAAAUAUUGAACACUUGAAAAUUCUAAGCAACUUUAAUCAUCAAGGGUAUCUAAAAAUUGACUCUCAAUAAACGACAAUAAUUAGGUAAAACAUGGAAUAAAUAAAAUGACAUUUUUAUGUUAGAUAUGUUACUAAUACUUGAAGGAAUUUUUAUCGUUUUUUUUUUUUUACUGUAUUUUUUCAAUGUCUUGGGCUUUUUAUCUGAAACGAUGCGAGCCGUUAUGAAUUGAAUUCCCGUCCCCAAAUUCAUAACAUUUCAAAUACCUGAUCAAAAAAUUUGAACCUAAAUCAAACCCAUUAUCCAAAGCAAAUCUUUAUUUUCCAUUGACGCAAAUUUUCAAAUUAAUUUUACCGUAAACAGCUGGUUUUAGUUUGUUUACCUCUGUAAAGUUGAUUUUAUAAUACACUGGAGCGAAACUAGCAAUAGAAAUUGUUAUUUCCCGGGCUAAUACCCACAUCGCUUUAAAUCCUAGGUUUGGAUGAGUUUUCAACGGGUGGCAUGCAGGUGGCAAAUUGAGAACAAUCUGUAUGUUAGUUUGUGGUCAUUGACUAAGGAUCGUGAUCACAAAAUUGCGUUACCCUUCUCCAAAGUGAAAUAAAACCCUUAAAAAAAAAAAGGACAUCAAGGAAAGAUUAUAGUGUAGCGGGGUUGCAAAAUGGUGUAGCUUUGGAAGAGAAUAGUGAUCUCCAUGAAAAAUCAAGUAGAAAUCUUUAGUUUGACACUUUCUGGCCAUCGUUGAGAACCGAGUGUUUCUUGGCGCGAAAAUUUCGUCAGCCAAUAAGCGGCUUGCUAAAUGACGUAAUGUUUUGGUCGGUAGAGUGAUUUCAUUCCAAAAAAAUGACAGGAUGGGGACCAUAGCGGCUUCAGUGGAACGAGUUACGUUUAUUUCGGAUUAACUAAGGCAUAAAGACACGGCCAAAGAAUUUCCAGAAUGGGUGAACACGUUGUAGGAAGCUGUGAAAACAUGGAUGUGCUGUUUUACGAGCAGAGCGCAUUACCAGUGAACAGUUUUUCGCGUUAUGACAAGAACGCGCUGCGGUUGAAUCUCGAAGGUCAUCAUCCGUCAGUCGUACAGGAAUACAGAGGGAACGGAAAGUUAGGAAUUUACGAGAAUUCGCCUGAAUUAUCUUUGUUCAAAAUGGUUUCUCCUGAGCUGGAAAAGUUUAUUGCAAGCAAUACGGGGCUAACACCUAAAGGAAACCCUGGAGGAAUUAAUUCACCAGAAUUUACUUUAUUUAAUCUGAUUUCACCAGAGUUUGAAAAAAUUCUCGCCAGUGUUCAGAAUCAGAAAUCGCCAACGCAUGUUAAAGGUGUGCGAGAAGGGAACCACAGCGUUAAGCAACAGCACGAAGCUUAUGUCCAAGGAUUUGCCGAGGCUCUACAACAAAUCCAUGAUCGACAGCAACAACCGGUCGAACAUCUCAACAAGCAAAAUACAAUACCCGUUAGUUCAGGUACCAAUAACACUUGGGCAGAACCUGAAAACACAGUUAACAACUUCCACACGCAAAUAGCCGUUAAUGAGACAUCGUAUGAUAUCAGAAAUCCCCCUUACGCCGGGGUGACAACUUAUGAACAUCAUGAACUAAACCCGACGGCUUUUACGGCCCCGGUUGUGGCAGAAACAGAAAAUUUUGAAUACGCUGAGGACUCUUUGAAACCGCAACCAGGGAAUGUACUUCCUCUACCGCCCAUAGAUUUAGAACUUCAAGAAAUUGUAAAACGCGAACGAAAGAAACAGAAAAAUAGAGUGGCAGCGUCAAAAUGUAGAAAAAAGAAACUUGAAAGAGAAGCACAGCUUGAAGUUAGAGUACAGCAAUUGAAAGAUAAAAAUAUUGAACUUAACGCCGUGGCGAACGCGUUACGCCAGCAAGUAAGUGAACUGAAGCAACGAGUUUUAGAACAUGUAGCGUUCGGAUGUCAGCUUCCUUCCAUAGCGUCAGCUUCUUUCUAGAAUUCACAUUUCAAAUAAUUCUACUUGUCUUUAAUUGAUAAUACAGUUUCCUUCCUUUUAGAUUUCUUCUAAAAAGUUUGGUUCGCUCUUACAGAGCGGUUAAAUAUCGCGUUUGAAAAUUCCAGGAAUGUGUCCAAUUUUGUGUUUGUUAUCACCCGUUUAACAUCCCGGCUGCAGGUGGCGGGAGUGUUUUCUGAAGAGAGAAAGUUAACAAACGAUUAGCAAUAAUAAAAGUACUGUUUUUUUCCACUCCCAUGCUAAGUUAUAUGCAAGAUUUAGAACAUUUGUGUGGGACAAAGCGCGUUAGAUUAAAUAUGAACUGGUAGCGGUUGAAGACAAUUGUUCUUCGAAAGGUAAUUUAGGUAAUUUAGUUGAAGAAAGGCGAGUCGUGCCCUUGACUUCCUUGGAACAGGUAGUUGUCAUGGUCUAAGGCGAUGGGAGAGUAAAAAAACAGAAAUUUCACGCAUUUUGAGAGCAAUUCCCUAAAACUCUCAAGUGUUUUUUCUUCUUCUUCUUUACAAAAACAAAACUAGUUAAAAAGAAUCGUUGAAAUUUACUACAAAUAUUCACCAAUGUUUAUAAAACGCAAGGAAAUGUACAUAAUUGAAUUUGGCACGACCGCUAGCUCUGUUAAUAUAACUUUAGCAUUCCUUGAAAAAAAUAGCAUAGUAAUUUAAUUCAAGAAAUUAGACGACAAUAGACCGCACUUUCUAUCGGUGGACUUGGGUAAUUAACCACGCAAGAAGCCGGGAGAACACGAGAAAUGAUUGUAAAUCACCUUCGGAAGGCGAGUGAUUUACAAGUUUUUCCGAUGUUCUCUCAAUAUUGCGCUAUUUAACCGAUCAAAACCGCGGUCUAAUGCCUUUAAUAAAAUAACUAUGGAUUUACUGCUGCAAUAAAAUAUGUUUUUUUAACCGA